CAGUAUGCUCUGGGGCCAACAGGCUUGCUCUGUUUGUGUCAGGUUGUGGGAAGGGGUGCAGUAUAAAUGCAGCCAGCCAGAGGCCCUUGAGAUUCUGUGUAAGCCUCCCCAAGAUGAAGCUGCCAGGCCAGGAGGAAUUUGAAACCUCCAGUGCUGGUGAAAAUGUUCCUGCAGGAGAGCUGGACAAUGUCCUUGGCCCUGGUCCUGAUGUCCCCUUAGACACAGACAGCAGGGACAUGGUAGUACCCAACAGCCCUAUGCUCUUCAUUCAGCUGAAUGAACUACUGGGCUGGCCCCAGGCACUUGAGUGGAGAGAGACAGGAAGGUGGGUGCUGUUCGAAGAGAAGCUGGAGGUGGGUGCUGGCCGGUGGAGUGCCCCCCAUGUACCUACCCUGGCACUUGCCAGCCUCCAGAAACUCCGAAGCCUGCUGGCAGAAGGCCUUAUACUGUUGGACUGUCCAGCUCAGAGUCUCCUGGAACUUGUGGAGCAGGUGAUAAGGGUGGAGUCACUGAGUCCAGAGCUGAAAGGGCAACUUCAGGCCUUGCUGCUGCAGAGACCUCAACACAACAUCCAGACGAGAGGCACCAAGCUCUGCUGGGACUCCUGUUUUGUAGAAUCCACUGAUAUAAGAAAGGAUUCUCAUGAUGAGGAUGCCCCCCUGAAGGAACAGCAUCGUAACCCCCUGAGACAAAAGCUGCCUCCAGGGGCAGAGGCAGCAGCAGUGCUGGCAGGAGAGCUGGGCUUCCUGGCACGGCCACUGGGGGCCUUCAUUCGAUUGCAGAAUCCUGUGGUGCUGGGGCCACUUACUGAAGUGCCCAUCCCCAGUAGGUUUUUCUGUCUCCUCCUGGGCCCCCCUAUGCCUGGAAGGGCCUACCAUGAAAUGGGUAGAGCAAUGGCUGUCCUCCUCAGUGACCUGCAAUUCCAGUGGUCAGUUCGUCAGGCCAGCAACCUUCAUGACCUUUUGGCGGCCCUAGAUGCCUUCCUACAGGAGGUGACAGUGCUCCCCCCAGGUCGGUGGGACCCGACAGCCCGAAUUCCCCCGCCUAAAUGCCUGCCCUUUCAGCACAAAAGGCUCUCCUCGCAAGUGUGGGAGGUCAGGGGCAUCUCUGGGCUGCGUGGAGCCCUAGCAGAGGACAGGCACCACCAUCGUGGGCCACACAUGCCCAACCCAGAGUUGCAGCGGACCGGCUGGCUGUUUGGGGGUCUUGUCCAGGACGUGCGUCGGAAAGCCUUGUGGUACUCCAGCGACUUCUUGGACGCCCUGCAUCCCCAGUGUCUCUCAGCUGUGCUCUACAUUUACCUGGCCACCAUCACAAAUGCCAUCACUUUCGGGGGUCUCUUGGGAGAUGCCACUGAAGGUGCCCAGGGAGUGCUGGAAAGUUUCCUGGGCACUGCAGUUACGGGGGCUGCCUUCUGCCUGAUGGCAGGUCAGCCCCUUACCAUCCUCAGCAGCACCGGGCCAGUGCUGGUCUUUGAGCGCCUGCUCUUCACUUUUUGCAGAGAUUACCGCCUGGACUACCUGCCCUUCCGCCUGUGGGUAGGCAUCUGGGUGGCCACAUUUUGCCUGGUGCUGGUGGCCACAGAGGCCAGCGUGCUGGUACGUUACUUCACCCGCUUUACAGAGGAAGGAUUCUGUGCACUCAUCAGCCUCAUCUUCAUCUACGAUGCCCUCGGAAAAAUGCUGAGCUUGGCCCAUGCCUAUCCCAUCCAAAGGCCAGGGUCCCCUGCCUAUGGCUGCUUCUGUCAAUAUCCAGGCCCAGGAGAAAAUGUGUCUCAGUGGACAAGGACAAAGCCAAAUGACAGAGAUGACAUCUUAAGCAUGGAUUUAGGCCUGGUCAAUGCAUCCUUGUUACCUCCUCCUGAGUGCACCCAGAAGGGAGGCUACCCUCGUGGUCCUGGAUGCCAUACAGUGCCAGACAUCGCCCUCUUCUCUCUUCUCCUCUUCCUUACCUCCUUCUUCUUUGCUACGGCUCUCAAGCAUGUAAAGAACAGCCGCCUCUUCCCCUCCAUGGUGCGCAAAGUGUUCAGCGACUUUUCCUCAGUCCUGGCUAUCCUGCUGGGCUGUGUCCUUGAUGCUUUCCUGGGCCUAGCCACCCCGAAGCUCCUGGUACCCACAGAAUUCAAGCCUACACUCCCUGGGCGUGGCUGGCUGGUGUCACCUUUUGGAGCUAACUCCUGGUGGUUGAGUGUGGCAGCUGCCCUGCCUGCCCUGCUGCUGUCUAUUCUCAUCUUCAUGGACCAGCAGAUCACAGCAGUCAUCCUCAACCGCACUGAAUAUAGACUGCAGAAGGGAGCUGGCUUCCACCUGGACUUGUUCUGUGUGGCUGUGUUGAUUCUGCUCACAUCAGUGCUUGGGCUGCCCUGGUAUGUCUCAGCCACUGUCAUCUCCCUGGCCCACAUGGACAGUCUCCGGAGAGAAAGCAGAGUCUAUGCUCCUGGGGAGGCCCCCAGCUUUCUGGGCAUCAGGGAGCAGAGGCUGACGGGCCUAAUGGUGUUCAUCCUUACUGGCACCUCCAUCUUCCUGGCACCUGUACUCAAGUUUAUUCCAAUGCCUGUGCUCUAUGGCAUCUUCCUGUACAUGGGGGUGGCAGCACUUAGUAGCAUCCAGUUCAUGAAGAGAGUGCAGCUGUUGUUGAUGCCUGCAAAACAUCAGCCAGACUUGCUGUUCUUACGGCAUGUGCCUCUGAGCAGAGUCCACCUUUUCACAGCCAUUCAGCUUGCCUGCCUAGGUCUGCUUUGGAUAAUCAAGUCUACCCCUGCAGCCAUCAUCUUCCCCAUCAUGUUGCUGGGCUUGGUAGGGGUUCGAAAGGCACUGGAGUGGGUCUUCUCGCCACAGGAACUUCUCUGGCUGGAUGAGCUCAUGCCAGAGGAGGAAAGGAACAUCCCUGAGAAAGGGCUGGAGCCAGAUCACUCAUUUAAUGGAAGUGACAGUGAAGAUUCAGAGCUGAUGUAUCAGCCAAAAGCUCCAGAAAUCAACAUCUCUGUGAAUUAGCUGGAGUAGGAGAUGGAAGUAGAGACCUCUGGAAACUAAGCAUGAGGUAUUUUAUUUAGGAAGUCAGAACAUUAUUGGGAGAUACUGUCGGCUGGGGACCUGGAACAAUGGGACAAGCCUGAAAAAUAGCUGGUCAAGAUUUCAGUUACUUCCUGAGCCAUGGCGGAAAGUGACAGGGAGAAGUUUUGUUUGUGCUUAAGAAAGGCAGAUCUGAUCAGUCCCCAUUCACUUAUUCUCUUAACGCUAAAGGAACCUGAACCCCAAAGCCCUUUCCAUUUUUACCUCUGUUCUCACUAACUCUUCUAUAUGGAAUCUAAUGAUUAUCUUUUCUACUCCUAGAGGGAAAAAGAAAUGUUUCUCUGUUUGAAACAAGUUUUUACAAACAUAAAAAUAAUCUUUAUUGCCGGGCGCUGGUGGCUCACGCCUGUAAUCCUAGCUACUCAG